UGACGCUACUGGCGGGAGCGCGAGUCGUGCGGGCUCCCGUGUUGGAUCCGAGUGCGCGGAGCGGCCCGGCCAGACCCGACCCGACCCGACCUCACCAUGCCGCCGCCGGGACAGACGCGGCUACCGGACUGGGACGGGCUGAAGCUGCGCGUGCGGUCGCUGGUCGGUUCGCACCGCGUCCUGGUCUUCAGCAAGAGCUACUGCCCCUACUGCCUGCGGGUGAAAGAACUUUUCCGUUCUAUGGGACUAGAGUAUUAUGCCUUGGAACUUGAUGUAAUUGAUGAUGGACCCAGUAUUCAGCAAGUGUUAAUGGAGAUGACUAACCAAAGGACUGUGCCCAAUGUAUUUGUGAACGGGACACAUGUAGGUGGAUGCGAUGCAACUCUUCAGGCUUACCAGAACGGCUCACUGCAGAAGCUUCUCGGGUCUGGAACGGAUGUAAAGCCAUAUGAUUAUGAUCUCAUUGUUAUUGGUGGUGGCUCUGGUGGACUUGCUUGUUCAAAGGAAGCUGCUACCUUAGGAAAAAAAGUCAUGGUGCUAGAUUAUGUUGUACCAACACCUUCGGGUACCUCCUGGGGACUCGGUGGUACUUGUGUCAACGUAGGCUGCAUUCCUAAAAAACUGAUGCAUCAAGCUGCGCUUUUGGGACAGGCCCUUAAGGAUUCACGUAAAUUUGGCUGGCAGUAUGAUGAGCAAGUUAAACACAACUGGGAAACCAUGGUAGAAGCAAUUCAGAACUAUAUAGGCUCUCUAAACUGGGGCUACAGGGUGUCUUUAAGAGAGAAAACUGUCACAUACCUCAACGCGUACGCAGAAUUUAUUGAACCACAUAAAGUAAAGGCAACAAAUAGGAAAGGGCAAGAAACCUAUCAUACAGCAGAAAGAUUUGUCCUAGCCACAGGGGAGAGGCCCCGAUAUUUGGGUAUUCCUGGAGAUAAAGAAUACUGUAUUACAAGUGAUGAUCUCUUUUCCCUGCCUUACUGCCCUGGCAAAACUCUUGUUGUGGGAGCGUCCUAUGUGGCUCUGGAGUGUGCAGGGUUUCUUGCUGGCAUUGGUUUGGAUGUGUCGGUUAUGGUGCGCUCCAUCCUUCUUCGAGGUUUUGAUCAAGAAAUGGCAGAAAGAAUAGGUGCUCAUAUGGAAACCCAUGGUGUGAAAUUCAUCAGGAGAUUUGUACCUAUUCAGAUUGAAAGGCUGGAAGAUGGCAUGCCUGGAAGACUGAAAGUGGUAGCAAGGUCUACUGAGGGAUCAGACAUUUUUGAAGGAGAGUAUAACACUGUUUUGAUAGCAAUUGGCCGUGAUGCAUGCACCAGAAACAUUGGUUUGGAUAAAAUCGGGGUCAGAAUCAAUGAAGAGAAUGGAAAAAUACCAGUAAGUGAUGAAGAACAAACCAAUGUGCCUUAUGUCUAUGCUAUUGGAGAUAUCUUGGAUGGAAAACUUGAACUGACCCCAGUUGCCAUUCAGGCAGGCAGACUACUAGCUCGCAGACUUUAUGCUGGUAGUUCUAUAAAGUGUGAUUAUGUCAAUGUACCAACUACAGUUUUUACUCCUUUGGAAUAUGGCUGUUGUGGACUGCCAGAAGAGAAAGCAAUUAAAGAAUAUGGAGAGCAUAACUUGGAGGUUUAUCACACUUUGUUCUGGCCACUUGAGUGGACAGUACCCAACAGAGACAACAAUACUUGUUAUGCAAAGAUUAUAUGCAACAAACUUGCAAAUAACCGUGUCAUUGGAUUUCAUGUUCUUGGCCCCAAUGCUGGUGAAAUAACUCAAGGCUUUGCUGCAGCAAUAAAAUGUGGUCUGACAAAAGAACUGCUUAAUGAAACGAUUGGUAUACAUCCAACAUGUGCAGAGGUGUUCACUACUAUGAAUAUUACAAAAUCUUCCGGACAAGAGAUUACUCAGAGUGGCUGCUGAGGUUAAGCCCUGCUGUUAAUCUGUUUCAUGCCAUGUACAUUUAUCUCUGUAGAAGGCUUCCGUGUCCAAAUACACUCUGGUAAAACAAAUGAAAGCAGCAGUUAUGCCAGUUGUUGUAUUGCAGCCAGAAAUGGUACAUUGGCACGGCCUCCUCAGUAGAUGAUGGCAGUGGAAACAGCAUAACAGCGGGGUAAAUUGGAACUAUCAAUCCUGACUUGUGGGGUAUGGCACCAACGUGCUUUCUUGACGUUCCAGCUCGGAACCUUUUUCUGAGGUGAGCUGUGACUGAUGACUACCUUGCAAAGUUGGGAAACCUUGUCAUCCGAUCAGAUGCCUGAGCUUCCUUCCAAAUGAACUUCUUGAGUUGCACGAGCUAAAGUUAACUUUGUUUUUGGCUCCAACUUGUGUUUUGUAUGAAUGCUCUAGACAUAAAGAUGAAUGUAUAAUUGAAUUUGUCAGUAGCUUAGCUUGAAAAUUCAUGGUGUCAUCUGUAUAUUUGUUGCUAACAUGGAUUUUUCUUUUCUCUUUUGCCUUAAUUGUAUAAAUCAUUAAGGCAAAUGGGUGCAAGUCAAAUACCAGAAGCUGAGAAGUGCACUUAACGCACUCGCUCAUUUUUCACUUUUCAAAGAUUUUGUUCAAACCCCAAAUAGAUCACAGUUGAGAGAAUCAAAUUAUCCUGUCUUAACUUUUAUCUUGAAGUGUCAAGGUUUUCAUAGUAAACCUUGCCAUAUGUGGGUUGAAGUCCAUUGGAGUGUAGCUGUCUAAUUGCAGUUCAGCUCAUAUUUAGUUUCUACCCCAAAUUUAAAAACAAAAAAAAUGAUAACCUACAUUUCUGGGCUUCCUGUUUGUUUUUGUGGGGGUUUUUUGUUUUGGGGGUUUUUUUUUUUAAUUGGAGCAUCUACUCCUCCACGUAAUCUGUCCUGUUACACCUCCUAAGAAAUGUAUAUUAUAUGGACUAUAAUGGACAACUCUUUUUCAUUUGAAGCGUACCUUGCAACAGAUACAAGGUAUGUUAGCACAGUCAUGUAUAGUUUCUUCUGUAGUCAGUCUGAAGUGAUUUUCCAUCCUACCCUCCCUGCCCCCUCAAAUUAUUUGGGGAAAGUGAAUUUGGCUCUUCAUUUUUUGUCUAAAGAGAUGUUCUGACAGAGUAUUCCAAACACUGUAGUGUUACAUGAAUGGGUUUUAACUAUUUAAUCUGUGGCAUAUCAUGGAAUUUGGAGUUCAAUAAACAGUUGCAUAUUA